CUCAAUCGGCGGGCGCUGUAGCAUCGGCGUCAGUGACCUGAAUACAAAAAACAUUUGUUUUGUUUAUUAAUGUCAUAAUUUCGAUAUGAAUUAAACAAAAAUGGAAAAAAAUUCGCGGAAUUAAAUGCUUAAAAAAAAAUUUAAUUUUGGGGCGAAUUUUCUUACUAUUUUUGCUUCGAAAAAAUUAUUUUUUCGCAAAAUUUUCGAAUUGUAAAUUCAUAUAGAAAUUGUAAAUUCAAAAUCAACACCGGCCCUUGAAAUUUAACCACUCUUUAUUACUGUAAUGAGCGCCUUGCUCUAGAUUUAAGAGCGACACCAAGUUUUAAUACUUUAUAUGAAUUCAUUUUGGCACAACUCUCAAACUAUUAAUGUUCAUUUUUAAAGCCUAUAAAAGGAAAUGUACAAUAGAGUAGAUCAUCAUUUGGCGGUCGUAAAACGUAACGGUAAAAAGUACAGGGUGAGAAUAGCUUAACACUGCAUUGCUUUUUGGACGACGCUAAGUCGGACGCAUGCAUUGUAACGAUUUAAACACUAAAACUGUGCCUGUAACGGUGCUGUAACUGUGUUGUGCGAACGGUGCUUAAUCAUUGUACGGUAUCACAUUAUACGUAGCAUUUACUGGCUAUAAUUUUAUUUAUACAAAUAAAAUAAGCGAAUCCACUACAACUCUAAUUAAAUUUGAUUAUUAGAUUUGAAUUUGAAUUUAAUUUGAUAAAAAUGAACUCAUGCCGCAAGAUGCGUAUUUGCGUAGUGGGUGCAGGUACCGCCGGUCUGGCAGCAGUGAAGCAUUCACUAGCGCAAGAUUUCGAUGUGGUGUGCUAUGAUAAAGGCAACGCUAUUGGUGGGCAAUGGGUCUACACAGACCCAGCUGGAAUAAAAUGUGAACAGAAUGUGCAUAGCAGUAUUUAUGAGGAAUUACGCACAAAUGUACCCAAAGAAAUGAUGGCAUAUCCCGACUUCGAGUAUCCAAGUAGUUUGAAGCAGUCCUUUAUUAGCGCAACGGAUGUGUUAAAGUAUCACCAGUCGUACGCGAAACAUUUUCAAUUAGAGUCACAUAUCAAUUUAAAUCUUGAAGUGUUACGCAUACGACCGAGCAAUGGACGAUGGCAGGUACAUGUGCUAAAUACAGCCACUAAAGAGUUGGAUGUACAAGAGUUCGAUUUCGUAUUUAUUUGCAAUGGGCGUUUUGUCACACCAUUUUACGCGUCCAUUAAGGACUGGGAGCAGUAUCAGGGCAAGCGCUUGCAUAGUCAUACGUAUAGAAAAGCGGAGGAUUUCAAAGACGAAACCGUACUGAUUAUCGGCGCUGGCCGCAGUGGCAUGGAUUUAACCAAUCAUAUAAGGAAAACUGCCAAACACGUUUACCUCAGCCAUCACGUGAUGCCGCCACCACGCACUGACUUCAUGCCGAACGUAACGCAGAAACCGAUCGUGCAGCAUUUCACAGCCUCAGGCGCUGUUUUCAGCGACGGCAGUGCGCACGAUUUUAGCGUCGUAAUUUACUGCACUGGUUUCAUCUACUCAGCACCCUUUCUCAGCGCUGACUGUGGCCUGUACGUGAACGAAAAUGCAGUAUAUCCACUUUACAAACACUGCAUCAACAUCAACCACCCAACAAUGGCUUUUAUAGGCCUACCAAUGUAUAUUUUCUCUGGUCUAUCAGACCUACAGGUACGCUUCGCACUCGAAUACUUUAGCGGGCGUAAGACGCUGCCUAGUCGAGAAGAAAUGCUGACCGAAAUAGAUGCCGAAUUAGCUGAACGAAAAGCCAAUGGGGAAAGGAAGUGGUUAACGCACGAAAUACAUAAUCCAAAGUUGAAUAAUGUGAAUUACGAUUAUAACCAGGAUUUGGCGGAUACGGCCGAUAUCGCACCAAUUAAACCGGUUAUAUUCAAAGUCAUGGAAAACACCUUCAACAAAUACUUAUACGAAUUGGAUACAUUUCGCGAAACGGUAUAUGAAUUUGUUGAUAAUGAAAAUUUCAUAAUUCACCCCAAUGUGGAUGCGCUGAAAUGUAAGAUCUAAAAUGCUGAAUUUAUCAAAGGUGUACUAUCCUAUUUAUAAAUUUAUGUAUCAUAACAAAAAUGUGAGCAAUAAUUAAUAAAAAAAAUAUCAAUUCCUAAGGUCAAUCAUUAUGAAAAUAACCUAUGGCUGUAUUUUUGACUUAAAUAAAUAAAUAU